AUGGUUGAAGCCGCUGUGGGGAGGAGGCAAGUUGACGAAGCUCUCCUCAACUUUGUGAAGAAGAUUCGGGGAGUGGACCUGAACUUCGACGCGGUGGAGGAGAAGCUCGCGGCCAAGUUGGCGAAGAGCAUCGCAGAUGGGGAUGCGAUCGACGAGGUUGUUAUCGAUGAUGAUGACUUCGCUCCGCCUAACAGCCUUAAACGGCUGGUGCUGCCGGGAUCUCCUUCUCGUCGAGACGGUGAUGGUGCUGGAUCCGGGUGCGGGACCCUCUACUUCUGGGGCCAACGACGAGCUCUAGAAACUCGAUUUAUGCUUCCGACUUCAAAGCUUCGUGCGGGUGACGAGGUAGCGGUUUUUCGCUCGUCCGACGAACUGAGAGCCGUGCGAGGUGUGUGCGUAAUGUCGACAAGUUUAUGCUUAUGCCAGAUGAGGCGCGCUUGUCGAGAUUAA